UUCUCAGCACCUUUCAGAUUUUACAACUCUAGUUUAUAGCAGUGCAAAACAUUCGCAUUUAAAUUAUAUAAUUGAAAUUUUCCCCAAUAGUGAAGAGAAACGACCAACUUAAAUAAUUCGCAAGUGACGUGCGAAGUUUCCGACCGUACAAAUCCUCAGGAUGAUGGCGGCCUCCAUGGUCCAGUACGUUGUUGUUCGUGGCGACUUGAUCAAAACAUUGAAAUGGCCAACUGGGGCAGUUAUAACACAGGUAUCACUCCCCAAUUCAAUAGUAUAUGCCCCUUUUAAUGACACCUGUAGAUAUUUAGAGGGGCAUAAACAUGGGGUGGGUGACUUGUUUAUUAUUUUAUUACAGGCUAAGGAUGAGGAGAGUAUUCAGAAAUUAGCAGAGAAACUACAAGAAGACAAAAUAGAUCACAAACUUUGGAUUGAACAGCCAGAAAAUAUACCAACUUGUUUAGCUGCAAAACCAUAUCCAAAGGAAGAAAUACAGAAAUAUUUCAAGAAAUUCAAACUAUUCAAAUAA